UAUGGCUCCAUGUCAGUAGGUGGCGGUAAUGCACACCAGAAUGUUGCUUUCCCACCGCCAUUAAACAAACGAAGAAGAAGCUCCGAGCUAUCCUGUCCGAAACUAACAGACGAAAUGGCAGACGAGCAGUUCGCUCCUCUGGGAUAUUGUUGACAACGGAACCGCAGCAACAUGUUCGGGAAGAAGCGCAGAGAGCCGCUCCCCAAAGGCAGGGGAGCCUCCACCGCGAAGCAGAUGGGUCUUUUCCUAGACCUGGAUCCCGAGGGGAUGAUGAUGGAUGCCGAGGAGAAUUUGGACGACCCAGAUUUGGAGGCUGAGCUGGCUUCUCUCACUGGAGGCAAAUCUGCUGCGAAUGCUGAAGGAAGAGCAAGAAGCAAGGGGAGAAGUCCCAUGCCAAUGGAGGACAUCGCCAGAAUGGCCGAUGCGUGCAUGAGAGACGUGGACGAGGAGGAAGAUGACGACAAUGUGGAGGAUGAUGAAGAUCUCCUGGCCGAGCUACAGGAAGUGGUGGGCGAAAGUGAAGAGACUGUUUGCUCUUCUGCUGCCAAACCCCAACCGUCACCACCCUCCCAGGAAACAAACGUCCCGGCAGCGGCGCCCGGCAGCCUCCAGCACACUUUGGAGGAGAGGCUGGCCAUGUACAAGAUGGCGCUGCAAAACGCCAAGGCUGCGAGUGAGGGCGCCAAAGCCAGGAGGCUGGAGCGUGGGCUAAAGACACUGGAGACCAUGAUAGGUUCCAUCAAGAAAGGCCGUCAGGUGAACGAGGCCCAGAUUCCCCCGCCUGUCGCCACAGGAGCCCCGAGCGGUGCCACAUCGAAGCCCCUGCAUCUCUCUUCAGCCAUUCCCUCGCCAGCAGAUCAGCCUGUGGAGUCUGAGGCAACGACACCAGAAAUUGUCACUGCUGCCAGUGAGGAGGAGCAAAACACAUUGGCAUCAGCACCCGAGGUUCUGAUGAGCGAGCCCGCUAAGCCCUCACACCCGCAGACAGAAGAACCCUUAGAGCAGCAAGAUAAAAGCCAGCAAGUCCUGACUAUGCUUCAAGAAAGGCAGAGACAGUACAAGAUGGCUGCUCUGAGGGCCAAGAAGGAGGGAGAUGCGGGACAAGCCAUGCUCCAUUUAAAAACCAGUAAGGGGUUUGAUUCAAUGAUUGAAGCUUUGAAACAAGGACAAGCUGUGGACCUCGACAGCCUUCCUCCCUCACCUCCAGGUGCAGGUGGAAGCAGCACCGCGUCAGUGAAGCUAAAUACUCAGGUCCCCCAACCGGCUGCAGCAGCUCCAGCCCCCCAGGCUCCAAAAGACGCGCUGGAGGCGCUCGAACAGAGGCGAGCUAAGUACAUGGAGUCGUCGGCUGAAGCUAAAACCAGCGGGGAAGACCGCAAGGCCCGAAUGUACGACCGCAUUGCCAAGCAAUACCAGAGCGCCAUCCGGUCUCACAAAGCUGGAAAAAUGGUCAACUUUGACGAGCUUCCUGUUCCGCCAGGUUUCCCCCCGAUACCGGGUCAAAAGUCGACAACGGCCGAGCAUGGAUUAGUUGCGGCGCUGGAGGCCGCCUCAAAGAUCGCCUCCACUGACGAUGCUGCUGCAAGUGCGGAUGAAGACGCAGAAGAAAAAGAAAAGGAGGUGGAGAUAAAGCAGGAUGAGGAGCACAAGAAGAGCACAUUAAGUGUUCCCGCUUCAUCUCAAGGUAGGAGGAGGUCCCCGUCAGCCUCACCCGGCACACCGUCCACCAGACAGCUCUCAGCAGCAGCAGCCCAGCAGCUAGAGUUCCUGGAGGGCAGGAGAAAGCAGUUCAUGAAGGCAGCUCUGCACGCCAAGCAGAAGAACGACAUGGAGCAGGCCAGGGUCUUCCUCCGCAACGCCAAGGGUUUGGAACCCAUGAUCGAAGCGGCACGCAACAGUCAAGUGGUGGAUGUGAGCACGGUGCCGUCGCCCCCUGGUGACGAAGACGAGGACUUUGUCCUGGUGCACCACUGUGACGUUAACCUCUCUGAGAAAACCGAGCAGAUCUACGUUCAAUUAGCCAAGAUACUCAAAGAGCAGCGUGAGAAAUGUUUGACCCACUCCAAGCAAUUCACUCACCUGGGAAACGUCGCCGAAACCACCAAGUUUGAGAAGAUGGCCGAGUCUUGUAAGGCGAGUCUGGAGGUCCUGAAGGUGUCCCAAGCGAAGGGCCUGCCCGCCCCCACACAUCACUUCGAGGACGUGACUUUCCACACUGUCAGGAUGUUUCCGGAUCUCAGCAGCACAGAGAUGGUGGUCCUUAUCGUGAAAGCCAUGAAUCUUCCUGCUCCCAGCGGCGUCCAAACCGGCGACCUGGACGCUUAUGUGAAGUUUGACUUCCCCUACCCCAGCACGGAGCAAGCGCAGAGACAUAAAACAAAUGUUAUCAAGAACACAAACUGCCCAGAAUACAACCAGAGCUUCACCCUGACGAUCAACCGCAACCACCGUGGCUUCAGGAGGGUAGUGACGUCCAAAGGCCUCAAGAUGGAGCUGCUGCACAAAGGUGGUUUCCUGCGGAGCGACAAGCCGAUCGGGACGGCGCACCUCAGGAUGGACAAACUGGAGUCCCACAGUGAAAUCAGGGAGAUCGUGGAGGUGAUGGAUGGCCGCAAGCCUACUGGCGGUCGCCUGGAAGUCCGGGUGCAACUUCGGGAGCCCCUCAACGGACAGGACAUGCAGGCGAGCACCGAGCGCUGGCUGGUAAUCGACCAGUCGCAGGUUCUCCUCUAGAUGUUUCUUUCAAGGCGUGUUGAAGGAAACCAAUCAGAAACACUUUGCACACCGCAAGACACUUGACUUCCUUUCCUGAGACAUAGCGUGGCCUCACUAGGUCAGUAGCGCCCUUCAGCGACGUCUGCUGGCCAUGAGAAGCGCGGCUGGCCGAGUCGCUCGUAGAGCUAACAUUGACCGAUGACUACAUGAAAUAUGGAGGUUAUAGAAAGACUGUACUGUGGUAUCUAUGCACUAAUACCAAAGUAAUCACUGUUGCUGUCAAAUCCUGCAUCUUGGGACGAAUGAAACGCUGCUGCUAAAGCGCUUUUCAUUUCUUUCUGUCUUCAGAGUAAUAUAUUACACUGUUUCUUCACAUAAGUUGAGGGUAAUUUAUUUUCUCGUACUUGGGCACCGGUGUCACUAAAAUUAGUUUUAUUAUUGUCUUAAGAUUACAUUUGGAGACAUUAUUUACUCAUUGGUGGGGUUGCAUGAUGUUUACACCUACAAGCACAAAUUAAAUUAGCACUUGUUACUCUGAUGAUUUUGACAUGCUAAGUUAGCACACAGACUAGCAUCGCUUAACUUAUCUUGUUUUUUAAAAACUGGUACACAAAGCCAUAUUGGCAAAUAAAGGUACAGGGUAAUCUAUAUAAAGCCUUGAAACAUUGAGCACACAUAUGCUCUUAUUGUAUAAUGAUAAGCAUUUAAUAUGACGCUUUCAGGACAAACAUAAAUGGUCCCCUAAUAUGAAAAAGGUUCUCCACCUUUGCUCUGAACUGUCAGCACCUAUUUUAAGUCCAUUCUUAUCACAAUCACAUUAACCUUUCUCCUUUCCCCCUCAUGACUCAUCAUGAUACCGCAAUUCUUUUCAUACAUUUCACUUCUUCUGCAAUGGCCUGCUUGUUUACAACCACCCUGGAUGUCAGUUAUAUCCCCACAUAGUGGCCUAUCUUGAAUAAAAACGAAACAAAAAAAAACAUCUAAGUAAACUGUUUUAAUUUUG